CUCCGCGGCAGCUCCCUCGCUUUCCGCCUGGAGGUGCGCACCCGCGGCUACGUGGGCUUGGGGCUCUCGGCCAGCGGAGGCAUGGCCUCGGCAGACAUCGUGGUGGGGGGCGUGGAGAGGGGCCAGCCCUACCUGCAGGAUUAUUUUACAGAUGAAAACAGAGUACUUAAAAAAGACCCUCAACAGGAUUACCACCUGGAAUACGCCAUGGAAAACAGCACGCAUACAAUAUUGGCUUUUAGCAGAGAACUGCACACUUGUGAUACAAAUGACAAAAGCAUAACGGAGAGCACAGUGCGGGUAAUAUGGGCCUACCACCACAAAGACAUGGGAGAAGCAGGUCAAAAUUACCACGGGUCUAAUCGGGGUGCAAAGAGUCUACGUUUACUGAAUCCCGAGAAGGAAGAAGUCUUAUCUGCCUCUUUGCCAUACUUUGACUUGACAAACAAAGACGUGCCUGUACCAGACAAGGAUACGACAUAUUGGUGCCAAAUGUUUAAGAUUCCCGUACAACAUGAAAAGCAUCACGUAACAAAGGUGGAGCCACUGAUCCAGAAAGGCCACGAGAAUCUGGUGCACCACAUCCUGCUCUACCAGUGCAGCAGCAAUUUGAAUGACAGCGUGCUGGACUACGGGCAUGAGUGCUACCACCCCAACAUGCCAGACUCUUUUCUUACAUGUGAGACGGUCAUUUUUGCUUGGGCCAUCGGAGGAGAGGGCUUCACCUACCCUCCUCACGUUGGCUUGUCCAUUGGCACAGCAGCUGACCCUCAGUUCGUUCUUAUGGAGGUGCACUAUGACAAUCCAUCGUACACAGAAGGCUUGAUAGAUAACUCUGGUCUGAGGUUAAUUUAUACUCCAGUUAUAAGGAAAUAUGACGCUGGGGUUAUUGAAGCCGGUCUUUGGGUCAGCCUCUUCCACAAUAUCCCACCGGACAUGCCUGAAUUUGUGUCAGAGGGUCACUGCACACUGGAAUGUCUGGAAGAGGCUCUAGGUGCUGAGAGACCUGCUGGGAUUCAUGUGUUUGCGGUGCUUCUUCAUGCCCAUCUUGCCGGCAGAGCUAUCAGGAUGCGCCACUUCCGCAAUGGCCAGGAGCAGAAGCUUCUUGCUUAUGAUGAUGAGUUUGACUUCAACUUCCAGGAGUUUCAGUAUCUGAAAGAAGAAAGAACCAUCUUGCCGGGGGAUAAUUUAAUCACAGAGUGUCACUACAGUACCGUGGACCGAACGCACAUGACAUGGGGUGGUCUGAGCACCAGGAAUGAAAUGUGUCUCUCGUACCUGCUCUACUACCCGAGAAUCAACCUCACCCGAUGCGCAAGUAUUCCAGACAUAAUGGAACAGCUCCAGUUCAUCGGUGUGAAGGAAAUCUAUAGACCAGUCAGGACUUGGCCUUUCAUUAUAAAGAGUCCCAAGCAGUAUAAAAACCUGUCUUUUAUGGAUGCAAUGAACAAAUUCAAAUGGUCCAGAUCAGAGGGUCUCUCCUACAAUGAGCUUGUGCUUAAACUACCAGUGAACGUGAGAUGUUCAAAAACAGAUAAUGCAGAAUGGUCGGUAAGUCUAAGUGUUGAAAAGGGGGCAACUGUGCCAUGAAAGAAAUGUGAUUUUUCUGUACUUCACUGUAUAUGAAC